AUGGCAGAGACCACCGAGAACGAGUACCACACUGAUGAAGAGGAAGACCUGGUCGGAGAGGAGGAAGGAGGCACCGGGAUCGAAGGCGAGGAGGGUGGAGGCGCCGGAGAGAAGAGGAAGCGGCCUCUGAACAAGAGUCUGGGUGGCUUCAGCAAGCGUGGGGUGUGCUACCUCAGCCGCGGACGAGGAUCCCCUGCCGUGGCCAAGCCUACCUUUGAGUCACUGACACACGGGUCCCACAAAGCAUGGGGCCCACCUGUCAGUGACUCAAAGGCAGGGUAUGGCAGGGAUUGCAAAGUCAGAGGAUCCACGUCCCUCAGCCGCGUCCCUCCCCACAUGAACCCGUCGCACGUCCGACAAAUCUUCUCCAAGUACGGCGAGGUGCAGAGGAUCUACCUCGUACCCGAAGGUCAAGGUCAUCGCAAGCAUAGUAACGUAAAAGCGAAGGCUUACUCCGAAGGGUGGGUUGAGUUUGCAAAGAAAAGUGUCGCCAAGAGGGUGGCUAAUCUGCUUAAUGGUGAACAAAUAGGUGGGAAGAAGAGGUCAUCAUUUUAUUAUGACAUCUGGAACAUAAAGUAUCUCAGGAAGUUCAAAUGGGAUGAUCUGGUUGGUGAAAUAGCUGAGAAGACUCAUAUCAGGGAACAGAAAUUAACAUUGGAGAUAACAGCUGCGAAGAAACAACGUGAUCAUUAUCUCUCUAAUGCUGAAAAGUCUCGUACACAGAAAUUUAUUCGUGAGCGCAUAGAAAAGAAGCAAAAGACUGAAGGAAAAGAAUCCAAUGAUGUUGGUGAGACGAAUAACGAUUGUCCAAUUCCUCGACAGAAUAGAGCAGUUGAGGAUAGAGGCCCUAAUAAAAAGGCAAAGCUCUCAAAGAAUAUUCUGGCCGGAGUAUUCGGUGGUUCAUCAUGA